AUGAGCAGCACCGCAUCGUCCGCCUCGUCUUCCAUCUCGGAAGCAGCCUCUCAGACGUAUGCUACCAUCAAGGAUGUCGCUCCGGGCCCCAAAAAGGCUGCAGCCAUGCCAACACAGACGGCGCAGCGCCAGGACAAGCCACUGUACUCGCUCAUAGCCGGAACCACCGCGGGCGCCGUCGAGGGAUUCACGACUUACCCCAUCGAAUACACCAAGACCGUCUCCCAGUUCGCAGCGAAAGCGGGUGAGAAGGCACCGGGCCCGAUCACAAUCGUGCGCAACACCAUCGCCAAGGACGGCUUCAUCGGGCUCUACUCUGGCUGCGGCGCCCUCGUCACGGGCAACGCGAUCAAGGCCGGCGUGCGCUUCCUCAGCUACGACCACUUCAAGACGAUGCUCAAGGACGAGAACGGCAAGCUGUCCGGUCCUCGCUCCUUGUUGGCCGGACUGGGCGCGGGCAUGAUGGAGGCCAUCUUUGCAGUGACCCCGAGCGAGACCAUCAAGACCAAGCUGAUCGACGACGGCAAGCGCGCAGUGCCCAAGUAUCCCAAGGGGUUGAUUCCGGGUACCGCGGCUAUUGUGAAGGAGGAGGGGAUCAGAGGGAUUUACAGAGGUCUGUUCCCCGUGAUGCUGAGGCAGGGUGCCAACUCGGCGGUGCGGUUCGGAACGUAUUCGACGUUGAAGAACUUUGUCAGCGGUAGCGCGCGCCCGGGUCAGUCGCUGCCGGGUGGCAUCACGUUUGGUAUCGGCGCCGUCGCUGGUAUCGUCACUGUCUACGCAACCAUGCCUUUGGAUGUCAUCAAGACCCGAAUGCAAACGCUCGAAGCACGCACAAAGUACCGCAACACGUUCAACUGUGCCGCCGUCACACUGCGCGAAGAGGGUAUCCUCGCCUUCUGGCGCGGUGCCACGCCGCGUCUCGCUCGACUCGUGCUUUCGGGCGGUAUCGUCUUCACCGUCUACGAGGAGAUCAUGAGCGUUCUCGGCGCCAAGACCAUGUAA